AGCAAGUACUCAAGUAGAUUAAGGAGUGCUGGUACUGGAGUUACGUGUACGGGUGAGAGUUGCUGACUGGGGACCCUCGUUUACUGCAUUUUCGUUGUAUGUAAACAGAGCAACAAACAGCCCUGUGAUAGACACUCGAAAUUUUGGAAGUGUCACAAUGAGUACGCUGAAAUUACCACAAAGAAUAAAUGGAGUUUUAUUAGACAUAACAGGUGUUCUCAAGGACGGAUCGUCUGCCAUACCUGGCUCUGUCGAGGCUGUAAAUAGGUUGAAAAAAGGCGGACUGGCCAUUAAGUUACUAACGAAUGAAACUCAGGUUACUAGAUCGUCGUUAUGUUUGACGUUAUCAAAAAUGGGUUACUGCGUUACGGAACAUGACAUUAUUCCACCAUGCCCUGCUCUGGUUGACCUAUUACGAAAAGAAAAACUACGGCCACAUCUCCUUGUACAUCCAGACGUAUUAUCAGAAUUUGACGGCCUCAACAAGGAAGACCCUAACUGUGUUGUUGUCGGCGACGCUGCGGAAAACUUUUCGUACGAGAAUCUUAAUAAAGCGUUUCGAAUUUUGAUCGAUAUGGAUAAGCCGCGGCUUUUUUCCAUGGGCAGAGGUAAAUACUAUAGAGAGAAAGGAGACUUAGUUUUAGAUGUUGGUGUAUUCACCACAGCAUUAGAAUAUGCUACAGGUGUCUCCGCCGAAGUUGUUGGGAAACCACUUGCCUCUUUUUUUCACUCAGCGCUAUCUGCAAUAGGAGUAAAACCUGAAGAAGCUGUUAUGGUUGGUGAUGACAUUGAAUCAGAUAUCGGGGGAGCACAAGCUUGUGGAAUAGCAGGUAUACUUGUAAGAACUGGUAAGUUUCGUCCAUGUGAUGAAAAGCACCCGAGGGUAAAACCGGAUGUUAUUGUUGAUGAUCUUGCGGAAGCGGUCGAUAUCAUUGUUCAGUCAAGGAAUUAGCUUUAAAAUACAAGCGCUUACAGUUUAAUUUUCAUUUUUGUCUUGUGACAGCAUGUAUGAUAUUAAGAAACUGUAAUACUUUUGAUUUGCACAGCUGUAUGGUGAAUGAAACUUAAGUUGAAAAUUUAAGUUUUGUUGUACCAUGUUACAAAUAAUUUUUGAGAAUAAACUUUAAUCAGAUAUCAAAUGAUUGUAAAUUAUAUAAAUGUAUUUUUUAAUGUUGUAACACAAGUGAUAAAAGUUCACAAAUAUAUUUGUAAACUAAUUCCCAUUAGAUCAUUAAGAUGUCACAAUUUAUGUAUAGAGCCAAGGUUCUGAACAAAUGUUCAUAACCCUGUUACGUGUGAGGUUCAUGUUGAAAAGUUUCAGUAUGAGCUCGGGCUAAUGAGGUACAUAAGUAAUAAGUUAUUGAGCAGUAAUUUAUUAAGUGUUUUAAAACGGCAGAGACAAUCAUAUACUCUAAUAAAAUUCAGGAACCACACAUUGUCAGAUAGUGAAGUUGCUGUAAAAUUGAUUACUUAAAUAAUAUGGUCUGAAACUCAUCUAAAUGCUAUAUCCAAAAUUCUAGUUAUCUUACAGCACCCAAUAACUUCUGUUCAUUAGAUGAAUUUUUUCAAGGGGAGGGUAAAUAGUAAGGUGAAACACACAUUAAGAUAGAUCUGUUUAUGUAAUAGUUAAAUUUUGGAUUAUGUACUCUUAUUGUUAAGUACUUGGUUGUUAUCAUUCUGUUUGAAUGUAACCUGGAAUUUUACUGAUAAUUAAAUCUCAACAGUGUAUUUGAGGAGCAAAUAAAUCUGUAACUUUUUACAGAUAGCAGGUCAAAAGUGAAGGUGAUUCAACCCUCCCCAGCUGUUACAGAGCAUACAAAUAGAUGCUAUCAGAGAACAUCCUCAGUUUAAAUCAGUUCCUCUAUAUGAUGAAUCCAAGUAAUGUUGUAAGCAUUAGGUGAUGAAUUUAGUGAACUGUGAUAUGAGGAUGUAGACAGUGUGACACAUGGAAGUUUGGGUCGGUCCUCGGAGUAUGUAUGGAUAGCCAAGACGGUUAAGGCAACCACUUGAUAUAAAUGGAAAACCCAGAUUCAAGACCCAGUCUAGCACAUAUUUCCAUAUGUCAUUAUUGGAUAGUACAUCUGUACCUAAUACAGCUGUUGUCAAUCAGCAAAUUAAUUUUGAAUUACCUGAAGGAUAUAAAAUAUAAUCUGAUAUUAUGUAGUUCAUCAACACGCUGUGGCAUUAUAAUGUUCACCCUUAUGUAAGUGAAUUUUAGUCAAAAUGCAUUCUCUCCUUACUGUGAAAUUUUCACAGAGCUUCCAUGCCACAUUCCCUGUUUUGCCACAUAUCACUUAUUAUUCCUGUGUACUUAAAAUGAUUCGCUAAUGUUGUUGGUUACAAUCCUAAAAACACUGAUCAAUAUAAAAAUAAUACAAACC